UUUUCCGGCUGAGUUCACGCAUACGAUGAAUUUAGACAGGUUUUCCGCAGAAUCUGCGCAUACUUAGCAAAGUCUGCGUAUCGUGAACACAGCCAGUGUCUCAGGGUCGUGCAGAUGUGGAAACUGCGUCAACUGACUCGAGAAUUGAGAAUUCAUUCAUUGGAAAUGGACACACGCCCUCACAAGAUGGCUGCCCCAAACUGAUUCGUUGUACAAUUUAUCGGAACUCUAUGGUGGAAUCGAGUUUGAACGUGCGUAUUACAGCGGGGCGGAUGCACACAUCCAACCGGAACAGAGAACAACCAAUGCGAACGGAGGAGGGCCGAUUCAAAUAUUUACAGCCAGGAAGCUGAAUGCAUUGAUUGGUGUUUUUUUUUUUUUUUUAAAGGCACUUGGAUUUGUUGCAACAUGGAAAAUAGGGAAGUAAGUCAGGGUCCCACGACCAAAGGUGCAACAGUAUGCACCCCUGGCAAAACAGGCAAUGUAAUUCCUAGUGGGAACCAGUUAGCUCGAACGCCUUUGGCCUCUUCAACAAAGAGGUGGAGCUCACAGAAAACUCUUGAGCCUGCUGGUGAACAUACACAUUGUAAGAAGCUGCGGCAUAGCAACAGAAGAGCUGCCGAAGAAUCUCACACUUCCAGUAGUCUCACUUCAGGUGAAGAAGCGAUCAGUCGAGUUGGCCAGGGUCGAAAUUCUUCAAGAAAGGAGUUGCAGUCUUCAAUUGUGCAUGUGUCAGGAGACAGGCCGUUAAGGAGGUCAAGUAGAGCAGCUAAUCUCUCAGCAUCGAACCCCAGGGAGGGUAACCAGUCUUCAAUCACAAAAAAGAAGAGAGAAUCCACUACAAAAGAGAGCAAAUCUCUGAGACGAUUAAGUCAACUUCCAGUUCAAGGGUUUAAUGCAAUGAACACAUCGGGCAUAAUCAGAGGAAUGCAAGGGAACAAUUGGACUGAGGCUGACUUGGAAUUUGUGCAACGAAUGAAAAAUGAGAAGUCGGUGAUGCAGUUAAAGGAAGAAUUAAAAAGGCUUCAAAGGGAGCUGAAAGAUGAAAUGCAGAAGAAGGAACUGUUGUGGGCACAAAAAGAAAAGAUCCAGACAGAUACAGUGAACAUGGAAGAGACCAUUGAUAGAACAGUGCAGCUUGGGAGAGCCUUUCUGUGCAGGAAAAUGGACCCCAGCAUUGUUGAGCCUCUUUCCCCAGAAUCGGUACUGAAACAGCUGAGUGUUGCCUCUGUGCAGCAGGUUAUCCAGCAGGAAACAGCAAAACUGCAAGCUCUGGAGGAAAAACUGACAGGCAAACAAAAGCAGGCUAGCCAUCAGAUCAAACAGCUACAAAUAGAAAUGAGGAACAAGGAAAUGUAUUAUCUUGAAAAGAUAAAAUCCCAUAAAGGAAAGGUCCUGAUGGAGCAGGAACUUGUGGAUAAUCUAAAGGAUGAGCUCUCAGAACUGCAGGAGAAACUGGCAGAAACUCAGGAGCAUUUUAAAAGCAUGAAGAGCCAAAUAGAGGACUUGCAGGCAAAACAAAUGGAGAACUACAGCGGAACAGUGAAUAUGGCAAAGAUUGAACAAAGAUUGAAGAGACUUGAACGACGAAAAGAGCUUUUUCUGGAAAGACGGAGAAUUAUGCAGAGGCUUUGUUCAAUGGACAGAUAAAGCUAUGGGUGUAAUGUGUGAAAUGUUCUUACAUCUCCAAUGCUGGCAAUAGGGAUAUAAUUGAGAUGUCCAUGCAUAUGCUUCUAAAUGACACUUUAGAUUUUUUUUUUUUUUUUUUUUU